AAAACGUCUUUCCUCGUGUCAAUGUCAUAACCGCCUACGAUUUUAUUUUGCCGCCUGAAUUCACAUGUUCCCUUUAAAACCCGAGUAUCUUAAAACAUCCUACCCGUCCACGUGUUCUCAUCACACCCCUCAUCGAUCUAACUCCCUUAAAUAAGUUAUUCAUGCACAUUGCACACCACUACCCACACACUCAGCAAAAAGAAAGAAAAAAUAAAAAUAAAAAAAUCACACACACGCGCGCGCUUACGGAAAUUCUGAUUUGGGUUUUGAGGAUUAGCUUAGUUUUGCUGAAAUGGCGGAUUCAAUGAAACAUAAUAGUGUUAUUAGGUCAAUGAAUCCGUGGGUUCUUCAUCUUCAAAAACUGGGUCUUGAACUGAAAUGUCCUCUCUGUUUGAACUUUCUAAAGCGACCAUUUUUGCUUCCUUGUGAUCACAUUUUCUGCAAGUUUGUAGCUUUCCAUGACUUUCCUCUUCUUCUCCUUGAUUUUUAUUGCACUUUUUAUUUUUAUUUUUAUCUGGGUAUUUGUUGCAGUUCAUGUUUACAUGAAAGGACAAAGUUUGCUUCUGAGUGUCCUGUUUGUAAAGCUCAAUAUGUUGGGCGAGAUUUGAGGCCCUUGCCUUUCAUUGAAAACAUGGUGGCAAUCUAUAGAAGUUUGGAUUCUGCUUUCUGUGCCAAUAUGUUUCAGUCCAGCUGCUCUGAUACUGGGAAAAUUUCAGAGCAAUGCCCAACUUCAGCAGGUGCAGAUUGCAAUGAUAAAUUGAGUAAGGAAUCAAUUGGUCAGGAAGACAAUUCAAGCAGUGGAAGGUCCAUGUAUUUGCUAAAAGGCAAUCAGUUAGCUCAGGUUCCAUUGAAUUCUUCUCAAAAUGGGGCUCGAAACAUUGACAUGGCAGACAAAUCCAAUGUGCAAAGAGUAACUAAAGACGGAGAAUAUGAGAUAGUUGGUGGUGAUGCUAAACAAAAUAUCAAUUCUACACCUAUAAGUUCCCAGGUGAGAGCUGGUAGGCUCCAAGAGUGUGGGCUUUUGAGAAUAAGUACAAAUCAGUCUGAUCAAUUGUCAACUGGCAGUCCUCCUUCAUUUGGUGAUGUUAAAAGUCCAGAAAAUGACAGCUGUGAUCAGGGUGAUGAUAGUCCAACAAAUUAUCAAGCAAUACGACUGGUCAAGCGAAGUCCUGAUGACAUGACAAGUCAGGAAAGGCAUGAUGGUUUUGCCUCUGGAACUGAAGGAGGCAAUUUAAGAGACCCAAAGAGACAUAAGAAGUUGGACUAUGGACAAUUAAAUCGAGACACAAAUAGGAGCAGCCCAAUUAGCUCUCAAACUGAAAAUCCGGGGGCCUGUUGUUCUCAAUUAGGACAUAAGUUUGUGCCACCUCAUAUUGAUGGACAGCCUCCUGCAUUGUUAGAAGACUCAUCUGUGGCAAAAAUUAUGUGUGGAUUUUGUCAGUCCUCCAGAACAUCAAAGGACACGGGUCCAAUGCUCCACUAUGUCAAUGGGAAGUUGGUAGAGGGAGAUGAGGCAUCUGGAUCCAAUGCCCUACAUGUUCACAGGAUAUGUAUUGAAUGGGCUCCGCAAGUGUAUUUUGUUGAUGAAACUGUUAAGAAUCUGAAGGCAGAAUUGGCUAGGGGUUCGAAGUUAAAGUGCAGCAAAUGUGGGCUUAAGGGAGCAGCUCUAGGCUGCUUUCAGAAAUCUUGCCGUAGAAGCUACCAUGUUACCUGUGCGAUGGAAAUUGCUGGGUGCAGAUGGGAUUAUGAUAACUUCCUUGUGCUUUGUCCAUCCCAUUCUUCAGUCAGAUUUCCAGACGAGAAGAAAUCCAAGUCUAAGAAGCACAGCUUAGAAUGUCAUCACGUGCCAACUCAAGUACCCCCACAACAGCCUAACUUUUGGGCAGAAUCAGCCACUGGAGCGAAGGAAUGGGUAUUUUGUGGAUCUGCUCUAUCUUCUGAGGAAAAGUCUCUUUUGAUUGAGUUUGGGCGCAUGAUUGGUGUGCCUGUGACUAAAUUCUGGCAACCAAAUGUCACACAUGUUAUUGCUGCCACAGAUACAAAGGGGGCAUGUACCAGGACACUGAAAGUUCUAAUGGCCAUUUUGAACGGAAGAUGGGUUCUUACAAUUGACUGGGUGAAGGCAUGCAUGAGAUCUAUGCAUUAUGUGGAUGAAGAACCUUAUGAAGUCAGUCUUGAUAACCAUGGAUGCCAUAGUGGCCCCAGAACUGGCAGGCUCAGUGUGUUGGAUAAUGCGCCGAAGCUCUUUAGCGGCUUAAAUUUCUAUUUCGCUGGUGACUUUGUCUCGGGUUACAAGGAAGAUCUCCAGAAUUUGGUCCUUGCUGCCGGAGGUACUAUUUUGGAUAGCAAGGAAAAAGUAGUGGAGCAAAGUCAUAACGAGGCGACACCUUCAAGAACAUUAGUUGUCUAUAACUUUGAUCCUCCACUGGGAUGCAAGUUAGGAGAAGAAGUUACAAUUCUCUGGCAGAGACUAAGUGAAGCAGAAGAUCUAGCUGCUAAAAUUGGAUCCCAGGUCAUUGCCCAUACAUGGCUAUUAGAGUCUAUUGCUUCCUAUAAGUUCCAACCUUUUGUCAGCUUAAAUAGUACUCAUGAUGACAAUAACUUGUUAGCAUAACAUAGAAAUGUUCCCAAAUUUUGUUUGCCCCAAGCAUGCGCAUUUUUUUGUUAGAUUCAUCUCUGUAAUUCUGCUCAGGAUGUUGUAAUCUGAAUGAUUUUAAAUGCAAUCAUAGUGCUCCCUCAUUUACGUUUCA